UACACCCUCGGGCUCAACCAGUUCUCCGACCUCACCAACGAAGAGUUCGUGGAGAAGCACCUCGGGUACCGUCACCAGCCGGGCGGGCUCCGUCCCGAGGACACGCCGGUGGCCGCGGUGAACAUGUCCAAGGCUCAGUUCCAGUCCACGCCGGACAGCUUGGACUGGAGGGCCCAGGGCGCCGUCACCCAAGUCAAGAACCAAGCCCCAUGUGGGAGUUGCUGGGCGUUCGCGGCGGUGGCGGCGACCGAGGGGCUCGUACAGAUCGCCACCGGCAACCUCAUCUCCAUGUCAGAGCAGCAGGUGCUCGACUGCACGGGCGACACUAGCACCUGCAAGGGUGGCUCCGUCAUCGCCGCCCUACGUUACGUCGCCGCAAGCGGCGGCCUGCAGCCGGAGGCAGCCUACGCAUAUACCGGCCAGCAGGGCGCGUGCCGCAGCGUCAUGCCAAAUUCGGCCGCCUCCGUUGGCGCCCCCCGCUGGGUGGGCCUGAACGGCGAUGAGGACGCGUUGCGGGAGCUGGCUGCCAGCCAACUGGUGGCCGUGGGCGUGGAGGCGGACCCUGACUUUCAGCACUACAAGAGCGGCGUGUUCGUCGGUAGUUCGUCGUGCGGGCAAAACCUGAACCACGCCGUGACGGUGGUGGGGUACGGGGCGGACGGCGGCGGGCAGGAGUACUGGUUGGUGAAGAACCAGUGGGGGACGGGGUGGGGUGAGGGGGGCUAUAUGCGCCUCACGCGCGGGAACGGCGGAAACUGCGGCAUGGCCACCGUUGCCUACUAUCCGACCGUGGACAGCUCUUAA